AUGGCCGGUGGGUUCGCCUCUUCCUGCUGGGGCUCGGGAGCCCCCCGCCCCUUCCUGCCGCCGCCGCACGCCCCCUGCGGCCUUCGACACGCCCACAGCCCGCUAGUUGGCCUCGGACCCAGGAGCCGAGGGGGUCGCCUCCCCAGAAGGAAGGCAUUCGUCCACUGUGCGCCUCUGGCCGGGGCUUUGCCCUUGCAAGGAUCCCGCCAGGGAGACACUGCCAUCCCCAAAGUCUAUAUCUGCAUUCCAGGACUGCCUGGGCGCUGCAGGAAGCAACAUGACCUAGGUGGCUCCCCUGAGGUGCCAGGCAUCUCCAGGGCUGCUCCUGCAGCUGGCGUGGCUCUCUCCCCAGGUGCACCAGCGGUGAUGCAGCAGCCGCGAGCGGAGACGCAUGCCAUCGGGGCUGGCGAGGGGCCACAGCGUGCGGUGCCCUGGUCGGCCUGGGUCACGUGGGAGGGCUGGGUGCGCUGGUGCGUGUGCCAUGUGCCCCCAAGCUGGACCCAGGGGUGGACCACAUCAGGCUGGCGGCAACCGCUGCAGCGUGUGCUGUGGGGUCUGGAGGGGAUCCUCUACCUGCUGCUGGUGCUGAUGCUGUGCCACGCGCUCUUCACCACCGGCUCCCACCUGCUGAGCUCCUUGUGGCCCGUGGCAGCUGCAGCGUGGCUCCAUCUGCUGCCGGCUGUCCUGCUGCUGGUGCUCAGUGCCCUCCCCACCCUGCUUUUCACCGCCUCCUUCCUGCUGCUUUUCUCCACACUGCUGAGCCUCGUGGGCCUCCUCACCUCCAUGUCUCACCCAAGCCAUGCUCAGGACUUAGACCAAUAGAAGGGCAACCCCA